UGUGGUCGCCGAGCGGUCCCCGGGUCGGGCAGCAGGUGUCCAGGCGAGGAUGCUGCCCGGUGUCCGGGCGUGAGUGAUGCCCGGGCUCCUGUCUGUGGCCCACAGAGUCACCUGGGCCGCCGUGCUGCGCCGCGGCUGCCGCUGCUGCGGCCUCGGGAUGUUCUAUGCCGUCCGCAGGGGCCGGCGGACGGGGGUGUUUGCGAGCUGGGAGGAGUGCCGCGCCCAGGUGGACCGCUUUCCUGCCGCUAGGUUCAAGAAGUUCGCCACGGAGGAUGCGGCAUGGGCGUUUGUCAGGAGCGCCGCGAGCCCCGAGGGUCCUGCAGGGCAGAAAGACAACGCUGUGGAGGCAUCGCUGGUGAGCCGCAGCAAGCGGCCCCGGGAGUCGUCGGGGGAGGAUGAGGGUCUGGAAGGCGCGGAGCCGUGCGCGAAGCAGGCGAGGCAGCCCCCGGAGGCCCCGUUGGUCAGCCCGGACACGUUCUCUUACCUGGGAGAAUUUGUCGUCGUCUACACUGAUGGCUGCUGCUCCAGCAACGGGCGGAGGCGGGCGCGAGCAGGGAUCGGCGUUUACUGGGGGCCAGGACAUCCUUUAAACCUGAGUGUUAGACUUCCUGGGCGACAGACGAACCAAAGAGCGGAGAUCCACGCAGCCUGCAGGGCCAUCGAACAGGCCAAGGCCCAGCGCAUCCGCAAGCUGGUCCUUUAUACGGACAGCAUGUUCACUAUAAAUGGCAUCACCAGCUGGGUUGAAGGCUGGAAGAAGAAUGGCUGGAGGACCAGCGCUGGGAAGGAGGUCACCAACAAGGAGGACUUCAUGCAGCUCGAGAGGCUCACGCGGGGCAUGGACAUCCAGUGGAUGCAUGUUCCUGGUCACUCGGGAUUCACAGGCAAUGAAGAAGCCGACAGGCUGGCACGGGAGGGAGCUAAGCAGCCUGAAGACGGAGUCAUUUAGAACCCCAGCAGCUUGGCGUGGCUGGGAGUGGCUUGGACCCUUGGGGUGGGCUGCAGGGGGCGCGAUGGGGUGCUGCAGCCUUGUUGCAGGUGCAGUAAACUAACCGUGAGGUCUGAGACGCUGCCCUUCCGCCAGUUGGGCUCACACUGUUCUCGUUGGUUUUGUUGCAGUCUGGCCCGGAAUCUUGGAUCUUGGUUUCUCUAAGGAAUAAUGUAAAACAUGGGGUAAAGAUUGAGAUGCGAAACCCAGAAGUGUCCAGAAGAGCUGGUGUCAGUCAACACAGGUGACUGGAGUCUGUGCGCUGGAGGAAGACGCAGCUGCUGGGGAGUGUGAGCACGGCCUUCGCCCAUGUCGGACAGAAGCUGUGCACAGGGCAGCUGGCUCCUGAGUCCUCAGAGAUGCAGAAAUACGUCUUCUGCAUCAUGCCAGCUCUGUGACAGUGGCCUCCCACAGGACAGCGGCUCACAUCGCAGCUGCUCUGCUUCCCAGCCGGCUUUCUGCCAGCACACCUGUGAGAGCAGCAAAGAGGCCAAGGACUGGGCCGCUGCCAUCCUCUGGGGACCAAGAUGGAGGUGUUGGACCUGGGCUGGAUAGCCUGGCCAUCCCAGCCACAGCCUGGCUGCUGUGGGCACUGGGGAAGGAGCCAGUGGGUACAAGAUCUCUUACUCUGCUCUCCUUUUUUUAAAAUGAUCU